UGAUGGGGACGUCAUCAUGAUCUCCCCUUCUCUCUCACUCUCAUCCACAGGCUUUAUUGAUAACCGUAGUGCAGUUCAUGUAUUUUAUGUAAUAAUGUGCUUGUUGUGUAUCUAGCUGACACGUUUAGCACAUCUACGUAGUUAUUUUAAAACUAUCUCAGGGUAAAGAGCCAACAGCUGCAAGCUAACAGUAGCUUUAGCUGAGGUGCAGUGCAGCUAGCUAACGGUACAGCUGUUGACUCCACCGACUCUCCGUCCAUCCCGCUGCCGAAGAAGAGGAGCAAAUGAACGAGCUGGUGAAGAGUCUGCCGUCCCCGACUCUCCCGGGGCUGCACCUGACCUGUCUGGACAGCGGGACCUACAAAGGCUGGCUCUUUAAAUGGACCAACUACCUGAAGGGUUACCAGCGGCGGUGGUUCGUCCUUAGCAACGGCCUGCUGUCCUACUACAGGACUCAGGCUGAAAUGGCACACACCUGCCGGGGCACCAUUCCUUUGGCAACAACACACAUCGAGGUGGGGGACACCUGCCACUUGGUGUUAACUAGCAGGGGGCGAAGCUACCACAUGAAGGCGACCUCUGAGGGGGAGUGUCAGCGCUGGGUCACCGCCCUGCAGCAGGCCAAGGCUAGCUCCUCUCUGCUGAUGCAUCACUCAGAUGACUCGGGAGAUGAAGGCCCUGUACCUCAGGAGUAUCGAGCCCUAACCCAAGGGGUGCUCAAGACUCUGGCCAGCAAGCUAGACGACCUGAGCACCUGUAAUGAGCUGAUAGGAAAGCACGGCGCCGCCCUCCAGCGCUCACUCAGCGAGCUCGAAGAACUACGUGGAUCCUCUGAGAGCUCGGACAAAGUGAAAGCCGUUAACGAGCGAGCCACGCUUUUCCGCAUCACCUCCAAUGCUAUGAUCAAUGCUUGUCGUGACUUCCUGGACGUAGCUGAAUCUCAGAGCCGGAGAUGGCAGAAGACCCUGCAGUAUGAGAGGGAGCAGCGUCACCACCUGGAGGAGACCAUCGAACAGUUAGCCAAACAGCACAACAGCCUGGAGAGAGCCUGGAAGGAGAACCCCACCUCAUACACAGGUGUAGAGCGGCCUCAGGAGGGGGACGCGAGUGAUGAGAAUGACGACGCAGAGUUCUUCGAUGCCAUGGAGGACUCCCGUGCAUUCAUAACUGUGACUACUGGCAGCAUACAGCACAAGCGCUCAGGGAGUAAUCAGAGUAUGAUGAGUGGAAGGAUGUCCAAUGACUGGACUCACAAUGAGAAUGACACCUCAGGCACAAACCACAUCCAGCUCCGAAGAACAAGACGCAGUCGUAUUCCUGACAAACCAAAUUACUCCCUUAACCUGUGGAGCAUCAUGAAGAACUGCAUUGGCAAAGACCUGUCCAAGAUACCCAUGCCUGUCAACUUCAACGAGCCGCUGUCGAUGCUGCAGCGCCUGACGGAGGACCUGGAGUACAGCGAGCUCCUGGACCGAGCGGCCCGCUGCGACUCGUCUCUGGAGCAGAUGUGCCUGGUGGCGGCCUUCUCCGUGUCCUCGUACUCCACCACAGUCCAUCGCACAGCCAAGCCCUUCAACCCUCUGCUGGGGGAGACCCACGAGCUGGACCGGCUGGAGGAGUAUGGGUAUCGCUCCAUCUCUGAGCAGGUCAGUCAUCACCCACCAGCUGCUGCCCACCAUGUGACCUCACAGCGGGGGUGGACCCUCUGGCAGCAUAUCACUAUUGAUAGCAAGUUCCGCGGGAAAUAUAUCUCUGUCAUGCCAUUAGGUAACAUUCACCUGCAUUUCCACUCAAGCGGGAAUCACUACGUGUGGAGCAAAGUGACCUCAACGGUUCACAACAUUAUUGUCGGGAAGCUUUGGAUAGAUCAGUCUGGGGACAUUGACGUUGUAAACAACACCACCAAGGACACCUGCCGUCUCAAAUUCUCCCCCUACAGCUACUUCUCCAGGGAUGUCCCACGAAAAGUGACAGGAGUGGUGGAGGACAGAGAAGGCACAGCCAAUUACAUCCUGUCAGGAACCUGGGACGACAAGAUGGAGAGCGCCAAAAUAGUGGACAGCAGCCAAGGAGGCUCUGAAGGCAAACAGAAGACCGUUUAUCAGACUCUUCAGCCCAAACUGCUGUGGAAAAAAUACCCUCUCCCAGAUAAUGCGGAGAACAUGCACUAUUUCUCCUCCUUGGCUCUGACCCUCAAUGAGCAGGAAGAUGGAAUAGCGCCCACCGACAGUCGUCUGAGGCCGGACCAGCGGCUGAUGGAGGCGGGGGUGUGGGACGAAGCAAACAUCCAGAAGCAGCGUCUGGAGGAGUGUCAGAGGCUGGAGAGGAAGAAGAGGGAGGCGCAAGCCAACCAGGCUCUGGAGGAAGGGCAAGACAUCGAGGGUUACCAGCCGCUGUGGUUCGAGAAGAGGGCGGAACAUUCGGGGGAAAGCACCUACAUCUACAGGGGAGGCUACUGGGAGGCCAAAGACAGACAGGACUGGAACAUAUGCCCUAAUAUCUUCUAAGAGGUUCCCCUUACAGCAUGGCAUCAGGAAAGCUGAGAGGUUCCUCCGUAUAGGUUACUCCAUGACUUAUGGACAGCUGUAUGUGGAUACGUGUGUGUGUGUGUGUGUGAGUUAGUGAAUGAACGAAGUACUGAAAGCAGCCGUCACUCCCAGAAUUUCAAGCACAAAACAAACUCCUACUUCCUUCUCUUCUGAUAUACUCUAACUUAUCUUUUCAGAACGCAUGGCUUCAGUGUGUGUGAGUUGUAUGUGUAUGCUUAUUCAGCACCGCAAAGAACUGAUUUAUGGGAGUACAUCGAGUUCUCAUGUGUGUCUGUGUGUGUCGAGAGGGGGAUCGUGCUGGGGAAGUUUUGGUACGGAAUGUCUUGUUCUCCUCAAAGCUGGAACAACAUGUUCUUCAUGCUGGGCUCUGACAGAGGCACCGGGAUUUAAAGGAAAGUAGCAGGACUACGCUUUCUUCGUAACUUAAAGACUUUUUCACAGCAGACCAUUUAUUGAUCCCGCUGAUUCUUGGGAAUUUGUAUUUAAAUGCCCAAACUGUAUUUUGAAGAGUUUACUGCCCAGUCUGACUGACAGCUGACAAGCAGCUACUGGACCUCUAAACCAAAGUAGAAGUCAUUCUCUUUGGACGGACAAAUGACUGAAUACACUGAUGUUUUACAGACACUGCUGCUUCCCACAUCUUGAACUCAAGCUUCUGUCUGACUACAUUAAAGGAGCACCUCCCCUAUUAGCUGUGAAGAUUACUACACAGCCUGUGGAAACAGUUGUACAGUUGGAUGUUUUCACAGGCUCUGCAGAAAAUGUGUCGAGUCAGAGAAAAUCACUUAAGUGACGUCACUUGAGUACUCUCUGAGAACACUAUUAGGUUGCAUUAUGGGAAAUGAAGGCUGCAGCAUUGAGCUCGACCAGUGAGAGUCAGGAUAGCUAUACCUUUGUUGCAUAUAUUUGGAUCACUUUCUUUUAAAUGUGUCUUUAAGACUUAAUGCAAGCGCAACAGUAAUUAGCUGCAGGGACACAAUGCGAACGUUAAACCGGUUUAACCUGGGGGAUUUUUUUCAGCAAAGAAUUAUAUUGGUGCUUAAUGGUAAUUUUAGCCUUAUUUAUGUAAUGAAGUAGUAAAUCCCAAGUAGUCACUGCAUCCCCUACUCUGAGUUUGUGUACAGAUUAUAGAAAUCCGUCAAGCUUUGUUUGCGGGGAUUAACAUUCAGGGUGAUUUAUUUUAAGUAAAAUGUACACAAAUAACUGGAUUGAUCAUACUUUAAAGUAGCAACAAAGUUGUUUCCCAAUAGUUUAAAGUGUAGAAGAUGCUAGCUUUGUAUUGGUGUCAAUCCUAAAAUGGCUUUAUUUGGACAUGGCAGCUAUAACAUAACUGCACGGUAACAUAAGAAGAAAAUACUCCCAGGUCAGAGGCUUGUUUUAGGCAGCACAAAAGUAUGUUUUGGCAUUCAAUUAGCUGAAGAAUCAUUAUGUUAAGGAAUCAGAUUCAAACACAUCAGUCAGGACCAGAAAACCUUAUUAAAGUAGGCUUGGCAAUAGUUUUUUGUGUGUACAUUAGUAGUAAAUAUAUAUACUAUAACCAAUAUUAACCUCUGUAUUUAUAGUUUUCAUCAAAUGGUGUACUAUAAUAGGGCAUGAUGCACAUGUACAUUUAGCCGGUUGCUUUUGGCCUUUAUACAGCAAGAAUAUAAUAGAAAUAGAAUAGCCUAAUGUAGAAUCACUGUAAGGAAAUAUUGUUUCACAUUACUUGAACAUUUACAUUUUGGGCACUUCUUAAAAUAUAUCUGUGUAUCUUAAAUGGAGUCAGGAUUGUAUACCAGUUAUACUGAGAUGUUGGAGGAAUUCAAUGAUGAUUAUAAUAUAUAUAAUAAGAUGAUAGAAAUAAGGUGUUGUUUAAAUAAAGCACAAUGUUAUGUUUCCUUGCAGGUAAUUAUCAUGGUAAUUACACAUAUUACAUCAUCUCAACAUAUAGCUAUGCAUGGUUUUAGAGUGCUUAAGCAUUUCUGUAGUGGAAGCCUCUUCACCUAGCUAAUUGUUUGGACUCUUUACUGAAACAUGAUGUGAACUCACCUUUUGUGCCCAAUGACCUGAAAAGUGUUAUAUUUUUUAGCUCAAUAAAAACAUAAAGCUGUG